CCCGAACACUCCCCUUUCGUAUCACAACAAUGCAUCAUCGUGUUCAAGUCUUUAUAGCGCAAAAGCAAAAUAGCCGAUCCCGUAUGGCGUGCCAAACGCACUCCAGUAUACUUUCGGGCGAGCUUUCACCCACAGCGAUUUCCCAGUUGCAAAUACUACACCGGGGGGUAGCCAUGUAUUUGACUAGUGGUUAGGCAUGUCUAUUACUAGGCAUGAAAGGAAA